AUGAUUCGCAUUGCUCCAGAAUACGAGCAUGAGAAUCCCAAGGUUUCGGAAACCUUUGAAAAUGAAGCUGCUUUUGCUCAAUGGUUCGAAACCGCUGCAAUGAGACAUGCUAACUGGAAUUUUAUCAACACGCAUGUGUCUAAGGCUUCCUACAGCACUAGCAACCCGGAAGACGUUUUGCAGACUUUGUACUUGGCAUGUGACCAUCAUGGCCUGCCAAGAAAACAUAAGAAAAAGGCUGAAGACAAGCUCAAAACUAAGAGAGUCUGGACGAAAUCUAUAAAGGAUGGCUGUAAGGCCAAGAUUAUUAAGAAGACCUUCCGUGAUGGACAGGUUUCCAUCGAGUGCUUGUGGCAACAUGACACUCACCAGCCUGAAAAGGUCCAGGAUAUGGUCCGUUCCAGACUCCCAGCUGAGGUGAAGCAGUGGAUUGUUUCCCACGUGGAUAACAACAUGGAUUGGAAGGCAAUCAAAACCCUGCUUCGUAUCGAUCCUCGGCGCUUGGAAGAGGUACUUGAAGCUGGUCUUGCCAUUUCCAGCUUCCCGAUGUCUCUGCGCAUCAACUACCAUGAUGUACAGAACGUCAUCAAUACUCGGCUGAACAAGCUGUCCAGACGAAACGCUGUUGACCGUACCAGUGUAGAGGAAUGGAUGUCAUUCUUGAAGAAUGAAAAGGGCUGUCUUGUCCACAUGAAGUUCUACGAGGGCAACGGCCCGUACCUGCUCUCCUGGAUCUCUCCCUGGCAAAAGAAGAUUCUUGAGGCAGCUGAUGAGUGGUGCAUUGACUCCACUCAUAAAACGUGCAAGUCUUUGGUGGGGUCAGACAAGCACUCGUAUCUCUAUAUGAUUGUUCUCACUUGGGUUCAGUCAAACUGUGAUCUGCGCGUCAAGCGCAUAAUGAUUGGCUGCAGCCCUGUUGAGAUGAGUGCUCUCAAGGAUGUCUUUGGGCAGAGUUUUCAGGUCCUUUGUACCAGUGGCACAUCAAGCGGACAUGGGAGAUGCACAUCAAAAAAAGAUGGAAUAUAUGUAAAGAUUACUGGUGCCACCCAUGAGUCGAAGAAGGAACGAGAUGCUGUCCGUGUCGGCCUGAACCUUCUGAUGCAUGCAAAGAGUGAGCUUGUCUUUGAGCAGAAAUACCAGGAAUUUCUUUCCCGGUUUUCUGAACACGGAAAAUUCAUUGAGUACAUUGGUACACAAUGGCACAGCAAGCGUGAGCUGUGGUCAAUGACGCGGAGAGAAGAGGCCAGGUUCCAUACCAACAACCUGGUUGAAUCAUAUCAUCAUAUCUUGAAAGCCUACUACUUGGGUAGUUCAAGAAACUUCUGGGUUGACCGACAAGAGGGUCUCAAGAUCAUUUAUGGGUUCAAGAAGCUUGUUUUAACACAUACCGAAAAGGCAAAGAAGAAGGCACAAGCCAUUGCCUACAAAGAUACUCUUGGCAUGGUCGAGACUAUUGAAGACAAUUCGAUCUACAAGUGUCGCUCCUUUGCUGACAAUUCUGUUUGGUAUGAGCUCUUGAUCAAAGAGGAAGUGCUGUCAACCUGCUCUUGUCCAAACCCAAAUCAUUUGUGCAAGCGUAUUUUUUUUGGUCUGCAGGAUGAUGGGACUUCAGAAAGAAAAGAAGUAAAUGCUGCAGCACAGGAUAAGUUGCGCUGUCUCGAGUUUACUGAGAUUCAGAAAAGCUUGCUCAAAAAAAUUGAGCAAGCUGUGGAAAAACGAAAUGUCAUGUCUAUUGACAUUCCCUCUGGAAUGGACGUUUCUGUUCGUAUCCUGAGGGAUUGUUUGUCUUCCUUGGAAGAAGCAGAAGUUGCUCCCCAGCAGAGAACUUUGCAAUUUUACCAUCCUUUUGUUGACGAAAAUUAUAAAGUUCAAAUGAACAGUAACUGUUUAUACUUUGUAGCAAUUAAAGGUUUCCCAAAAAAUACAGCAACAUUACUUCUGAUAGGGUUGAUAUAA